CUUCUCUUCCAGCCCCCCCGCCAUCAUCAACCCACUUCUAACAAGUCACGUGGACACUAUGAAGAUGAAACUACUUCAGUCAUCAUCAUCAACAAAAGGCCCACCCACACCACCGCGGCGACUUUUCCCUCGCUGCCGCGGUUCAAAAGUCUCCGCUCCGCGCGUCAAUCAAACGCCACAGACCCUCAGAAGGCUCAGAGUCUCCAUCAGCCGAUCGACCCAAGAACCUUGAUGGCCGCAUACACGUCUCCAAACGCUCCGCCUGGCGCCUACCGAGUCGACGAGCCGCCAUAUUGACUCUGUUUCCCGACAUGGAGCCCCUGAGUACCGGUAUAAGCGACAAGUCGCAGCACCGGGCUUGUGACCCCUGCAGGAAGCGGAAAGUGAGAUGUUCACGGCACACUCCGCUCUGUGAACGAUGCUCGUACUUUGCCUUAAACUGCGAAUACUCCCUCAUGAGGACCAUGGGCCGCCCGCGUCGACGCCAAUCCGUCCAGCCGAGACCGGAGAAUGCGCCGGCCCCGGCUUCCGGUUCAAUGCCGACCGAUCUCAUUGACGUCGGUAGCUUUCCCGAGAUGAUGGACCAGUUUCUGGAUGACUUCAACACGCCGCUUCCACCGUUCAGCAUUGACUAUGCUGCCGGGCAAGGACCAAUACCGCCUACAACGAAUGGCGACGGAGCCGGGACUGUCGCAUUGCCACCGCAAGAACACACUUGCAGUCCCUGUCCACAUCAUCAUGAUUCUGUGAUACCCAGCGAUAAAACUCCAGAAAGCACUGCGACUUCUGCUCAGAAUCCAGAAGUUGUCGCAACUCCUGGGCGCUCCUCCAAAAAGUGUUCCUGCGUUGAGCUGGUGAACCAGCACUUUUCCCUAAUAGAAAACUCACUCGAUACAUUCCAGGCACUCAAGGUUUUAAGGCAGUCAAUGGACUCUGCAAAGGAGAUUCUAGAGUGCAGCGUCUGCUUCGUGUCCAUCAAGAGCCCCCGGACCUCCAGGAACGUCUACUUGCUGGGCUCACUGCUGUCAAGCAUCGGAUCCUCGUAUGGGGACUUUUUCUUCCACCAGAAGCAACGCGGCGUCGAGGCCUCGGCGAACGGGUCGCUGAUAAACCUGAUGGUCGGCCAACCGCCGGAUGAGCACAGCGCGGUCGAGCUAGCAGUGGAUGGGCCUAGCUACAUGGCCUUUCUCAAGGCAAGCUUGAAAUUAGAGCUCAAUCGCCUCUUUAGUCUGAGCGACGGGCUCGCAGAAAGACAGAGCCAGCUGCACACCGAAGGCCACGAAAACUGCGAGACGGGAACGAGCUGCAGCAACACCGAGUCUCUACCAGCUGCCAAGCAUCCCGCGGAGGUGUGUCCUAAGGAGGUGGACAUGACGAAAGCCUGCGCGUGUUUUCGGACCGUCGAUCAGGUACGGGCGGUGGUGGAGGAGGCACAGAAAAUCAUCCUGGCAUAAAUGAAUCAAGAAAUGUUUCAAAACUAAAGGAUCAGCCUUGUAGAACUACAGCUUCUAGAACAAUUCCCUGUACGCAAUAUCAGGGGGCGGAUGGCAGUGACGUUAAAUCGGCGCGGAAACCUGAGCGGGAGUUGGCGCGGAGACUUUGAAACUCGCCGCCAAAGUCGCCCCGGAGCGGACAACAAACCCCUGUCGCAUAAACAAGACGAUACUUAUUUAAGAUGCAAAUCCCCUUCAUCUCUAAAAAACACUCAAUGAUACAGUAUCUUGAGUAUUAAGCCG